GUGAGGAGACGAGGAGCCCCUCACGCUGAGAGAGGGAGGGAGCGCGGCGCUUCUCACCUCUCUCGCCCCCGACCCCCAUCGCCCCUCCCCGGCCACAGGUGCGCGGAGAGACCGCGGAGGAGGGAAGAUGGCUCUGGUCAAGGUCUACUCGGUGCUGGAAGUGUUCUUGAUAACUAUACUUGUCGUGGAAGGAAUUGCUGUGGCCCAAAAGACUCAAGGUGGGCAGAAUAUUGGAGGUAACCGCUUAGCAACUACCCAGUGUAGCGACUGGGUACGGACAAGCAACGGAGGCCACUUCGCUUCACCAAACUUCCCUAAUUUCUACCCACCCAACCAGGAGUGUGUCUAUAUUUUAGAAGCUGCCCCACGGCAAAGAAUAGAGCUAACCUUUGACGAACCGUACUACAUAGAGCCUUCAUUUGAAUGUCGAUUUGAUCACCUCGAAGUUAGAGAUGGACCUUUUGGUUUCUCCCCUCUCAUUGAUCGCUACUGUGGUCUAAAAAGCCCUACUCUAAUUAGGUCAACAGGGAGAUUUAUGUGGAUAAAGUUUACCUCAGAUGAAGAACUGGAAGGACAGGGAUUUAAAGCAAAAUAUUCAUUUAUACCAGAUCCUGACUUCACAUACCUAGGAGGUAUUUUAAAUCCCAUCCCAGAUUGCCAGUUUGAGCUCUCGGGAGCUGAUGGGAUUGUGCGCUCCAGUCAGGUGGAACAAGAAGAGAAAACAAAGCCUGGGCAGGCUAUUGACUGCAUAUGGACCAUCAAGGCUACUCCAAAUGCCAAGAUAUAUUUGAGGUUUCUAGACUACCAGAUGGAACAUUCAAAUGAAUGCAAGAGAAACUUUGUGGCUGUGUAUGAUGGAAGCAGUUCUAUCGAAAACCUGAAAGCAAAGUUUUGCAGCACGGUGGCUAAUGAUGUGAUGCUGCAGACCGGAAUCGGGGUGGUACGAAUGUGGGCCGACGAAGGGAGUAGAUUGAGCAGGUUCAGAAUGCUCUUCACAUCAUUCGUGGACCCCCCCUGCUCAGGCAGCACAUACUUUUGCCAUAGCAACAUGUGCAUCAAUAAUUCUUUAGUCUGCAACGGCAUUCAAAACUGUGCAUACCCAUGGGAUGAAAACCACUGCAAAGAAAAGAAAAAAACGGGGCUGUUUGAGCAAAUCACCAAAACCCAUGGGACAAUAAUUGGGAUUACUUCAGGAAUCGUCUUGGUCCUUCUCAUCAUCUCGAUCCUGGUUCAGGUCAAGCAGCCGCGCAAGAAAGUGAUGGCGUGCAAGACCACGUUCAACAAAACUGGUUUCCAGGAGGUUUUUGACCCACCUCAUUACGAGCUCUUCUCGCUGAGAGACAAAGAGAUCUCCGCCGACUUGGCCGACCUGUCUGAAGAACUUGAGAACUACCAGAAAAUGAGACGCUCCUCAACAGCUUCGAGGUGCAUCCAUGACCACCACUGUGGCUCCCAAGCCGCAACUGUAAAGCAAAGCAGGACCAACCUCAGUUCCAUGGAACUCCCUUUCCGCAACGAUUUUGCACAACCUCAGCCAAUGAAGACCUUCAAUAGCACUUUCAAAAAAAGUAGCUAUACCUUCAAACAGGCUCACGAGUGUCCAGAGCAGGUGAUAGAGGACAGGGUGAUGGAAGAGAUCCCUUGCGAAAUCUACGUGAGGGGUCGAGAGGACACUGCUCAAGGCUCAUUAUCAAUGGACUUCUAAUCUGGUUUUGAAGGUGAAAUGGGUGUGUGUAAAUAUUAUAUAAAUAUAAUGUAUGUGAAUGUACAAAAAUGUACCAUACGGAAUUCGAUGGAGA